CAUUGGUAUAUAUGUGGAGGCGGGGUAAGGUAUUCUUGCUUUAAGAAGCGUGAUCUUGUUUCUAAGGUAUCCCCGAACUUAUCUACAAUCGGUAGCUGAUAUACAAUUUGUUGUUGAAUUACACUCUGGCAUCCCCGGCCUUGCUCGACUCUUUCAAUUAGAAUCACAAUGGCCACAUCAACAGACCCGACUGUGCCGCUCCCCACCACGACCGACAAUGACGAUGAUGACGAUGAUGUGACUUCUCUCGCACCUGGACCACCUGGACCACCAGGCCCAACACCGAACGCCUCUACAACACCAGCAUCAGCAUCAGCAUCAGCAACAGCAACAUCAUCGUCACCGCUGUCAUCUCUAACGGGCGUCCCCACUCCAAAUUCGACUGAUGCCCCAAUUUCCUCAGGCCCAGCUGCCACGUCCGGAAACGGCGGACUUAGCGCUGGUGCCAGCGCGGGCAUUGGUGUGGGAGCUGCUGUUGGGAUAAUUCUACUAUUGCUAGCAGGCUGGUUCCUUGUACGGAGAAGACGUUCUGGAUUGUUGCGCCGUCUAUCGAAAAUAUCCGCCGUCAGCGGCGGCACUACGCACGACCUAGAGAAAUCCGGGAUGGGAAUGAGCCCAGAGAUUAUAGAACAUGGAGCGCUUGGCCCGGCGGAGAUGGAGGCUGGAAAUGCAAGUCAGAGGCGCCCUUCUGAACUCGCCAGUCCUGUUGUCCCUGUGGAGGCUGCUGGGACUCGAAGUUUUGCUGCAGAAUUGCCAGGCUCCGAAGUUCCCCCGGCAGGCGUGAGGAAGGGAAGUAAGGAGCGGCUGUUUCUAGAUUCGCCAAUUGAUGAAGAAGAAGGCCGGUUCGAGAAGGAUUUGAGACCAAUCGACGAGAAGAAACCACCAUUGUGAUAACAGACAUGUUGUAUGCUAGUGUCUCGUUUAUCCGUUAUAGGCGUCAUCGGAAUAUACCCAUAUUAAUCCAUCCGUUAUGGCUGGCAGUGU